CCCUCUCACGAUCCUCCAGAGUCAAGAAAAUAAACCUCAAUCAGAAAGGAUCAGUGCCAUCAGCGGGGCCCCUGAGUGGGACUAUCGGAUCGAGAACCAAAAAGAUCGACUUUCCAACUCAGGCGAACGUUACUUCGUCCAAGAAAGGUAAAGCAAAAACCACACCGCUCUCUCUCAGUCUCUCUCUCUCUCUCUCUCCCACACAUUCUCCGCCAUGACUGUCACUCGUGUAGCCACCACCAAAGCCAAGAGUCUCAUGAAGCUCAGCAUCUCUCUCUUCCGCCGUGGCUUCAACUCUUCGAAAUGCAAGACAGCGGCGAAGAUGGCGGUGGCUAGAAUAAAGCUGCUGAGGAACAAGAGACAGGUGGUGGUGAAGCAGAUGAGGCGAGACAUUGCUUUGCUUUUACAGUCUGGUCAAGAUGCCACUGCUCGCAUCCGGGUUGAACAUGUUAUCAGAGAACAGAAUGUUCUGGCUGCAAAUGAGUUCAUUGAGCUCUUCUGUGAAUUAGUUGUGUCCAGACUUUCGAUCAUUGCAAAGCGAAGGGAAUGCCCAGCAGAUCUGAAAGAAGGGAUUGCCAGCUUAAUAUUUGCAGCCCCAAGGUGCUCGGAGAUUCCUGAACUAGUGGCAAUUAGGGAUAUUUUUGAGAAAAAAUAUGGGAAAGAUUUUGUAUCUGGAGCUACUGAUGUGCGACCUAGUUGUGGUGUGAACCGCAUGUUAAUUGACAAGCUCUCUGUAAGAACCCCUACUGGUGAAGUAAAGUUGAAAGUCAUGAAGGAAAUAGCCAAGGAGUACCAGAUUGAAUGGGAUACAACAGAAUCCGAGUUGGAGCUUCUCAAGCCGGCAGAAGAGCGUAUAGAAGGACCACAGACUUUCGUUAGUGCUACCAGCUUACCCUUGAAGCCUGCUACCAGAUCAACAAGCAGUGGAGAAAAUGGCAAUAUGCAUUUUAAGGACACUGCAUCAGCUGCUGAAUCAGCUGCAGAAUCUGCCAAGAAAGCAAUUGCUGCUGCACAAGCUGCUGCCUAUUUGGCCAACAGAGAUUUCAAUCCAGCCACUCAAGCAUCUGUUCUUGAUAAUAAGUUGAAUGCUUCAAGUAUCAACCCUGGAUUUGAAACCCUUUCUGGCAAUUCUUCUGGCUCCUUCAAGCCAAAUGACCAUUCCCCGGUUAACUCGCAGAAUGCUGGUCAUCAGCUGAAAGCUCCAGGGAGGACAUACGAGGCGCAGAGUUUUGGAAGGUCACAUUAUGUCAACAGUGAGGAGACAAGGGUUACCAAUGUGACUGGAGGAAAUGGAAAUGCUUAUAGGAGGCAUAGCUACAACAAUGCACCACCUUCGAGACAUUCAGAUAUAAAGUUUGAUGAAUCAGACUGUGACGAAGAAAUUGAGAUGGAAGAACCUCCUAGUGGCGUUUUACCACCACCCGAGCGAUCUCCACCACCAGUACCACCUUCAUAUCAUGAUAAACAAGAUUCAGCUCAUCGUGUUCAUCCCAAAUUGCCGGAUUACGAUGCACUUUCCGCUCGCUUUGAAGCCCUGAAGUCUCGCAAAUCACAAACAUAAAGUACAUCUUGCUUGGGUUGGGUAUAUCACUUUUCUUGGCUUUUGUAAUUCAUACAUGGAUGGUCUAUCCACGUUCUUUCUAUAUUAUAUAGAUACAAAAUAACUCAUGCGAAAAUUAUCA